UAUACUGCAAGAAAACAGAUAACAACACGAAGAAAGAAAACAUCAACCACAGGCUUCUGAACGAACUUGACUUUUUUGUAGACAGGACUAAAGAGAUUCUUCAUACCGACAUCAUGCCUUCAGCUCAAAAGUUUGUAAAAAGUUGCCAUGCAUUUCUGGCCAAAACUGGUGCUUUUAGCUCUUUCCCACUGAGUUUUGUGUUACUUGGACUGGAGAAGGUGAUUGAACUACAGCUUUCAUGCCCGUGCAGCAAUGAUUCAUGGAACAAACUUCAAAUAUCAUUCAUCUUUAUAGGACCUUUUUUGUUUAUAACUGCUGUAAUGUUUAUCAUUUUAAAACCCUUUGGAUAUGCAAAAACAACCACAACAGUAGUCGACUUGGAGAUGAAACCAUUGCAGAACAGCACCAGUGUCGAGAAUGGCAACAGCUCCGGUGCCGAUUCGGUGCAGAUCAGCCACAGUCUCAUAUGCUGUGUGAAAAAUAAGAUCAGAGGUGAUCAGACGAAUAGUCCUAAAGCAAAUGAGGAUGAAGAUGUUCCAAACAAUUUAGAAAUUAUAGCCAAUUGUCUGAUUCCUCCUGUUAUCUGGAUCAUCAUCUUGCUUUUGGAUGGUGAUUAUCUGGCUUGUUGCCAGACAACAUGGAAAGGAAAUUAUGUUUUUAAUAAAGAGCUAAACAGAAAGUGGUGUCAACCUAUUGAACAGAGCCGUGCUGGAAAUGAGACUGAUUUACAACACAAAUAUGAAACGUUUAUCGGCAGAUCUCAGUUGGGUGGUUAUGCAACGCUCGCUAUCUUGGGUCUUCUUAUCAUUGUCAAAGUGUGUUACAAAGUGUGUAACUGCCAGAGAAAAAAACACAACUCAACAAAACAAAAACAACCAUCGCAAGAACCAUCGAAAGAACCAUCGAAAGAAUCAUCGAAAGAACCAUCGAAAGAACCAUCGAAAGAAUCAUCGAAAGAAUCAUUGAAAGAAUCAUCGAAAGAAUCAUUAAAAGAAUCAAAGAAACAAUCAGGGAUAAAGCCAGAGGAAUUGGAGCUCCUUGAGGGACGAAGAACUGUUAAUUAAUUUCCCAUUGAUAAUAGUAAAAGUUUACGUUUUCAUGCAGGGAUCAUUCUUCAAUAAAAGAAAAUCUUGCGAAAAAUGCCAAGUAUUCUAAAAAGGUGAGAAAAGAAAAAUAAGACUCAAAAAAGUUUUUAGGUUAUUUUACUAAAACUGAUGACUGAGUGAAACAGCAAGUGGACUGUGCACAUAUAAAAACACAUCAUGCCUGUCGAUUUUAGGUUAGUUUGGUUAUUUACUUGAUGGAUAUAAAAGUUUUGCUGCUUCUUAGGGCUUAUUGCUUUUAUAAAACUGCUAUUACAUAUACCUAGCCAGAUUUAAUGAAAUAAAACCGAGCAAAUAAAAUGUAAUUGUAUUGCAAAAAGUAUUAUGCUGUGGCGAAGCACUGUAGUCAUAUCAUGGAAUGAUUUUAAGAUGUAAGAAUGUUUUUUAUUUUUCUGUCAUAUUAUGUCAUAAAUGGUCUGACUUUUAUGGCUGCAUUGUUUCUUGGGCUUUGUAAGUAACAAUAACAAGUUACAUAAAGAUGUUGCUAAUUAUUCACAUUUAUGUACUCAAAAAGACCUGUAUAUAAAGUAUUCAUGCAAAUCAUAUGCGUUUAC